AUGGCAACUUUUCUGGGAAUCUUUAUAGCCAUACUAUGCUCUGUAACCCUCCUACUUCUCUUCAAAUUCCUUCACAAAUUUUGGUGGAUUCAGAUGAACAUAAAGCGUGUAUUAAGCCCACAAGGAAUUCACGGACCUCCGUAUAGUUUCAUCCAUGGCAACACCAAAGAAAUAUCCAACAUGAGGAAGAAAUCCAUGAGCUUUCCCAUGGACACAUCGCAUUACAUAUUUCCACGGGUUCAACCUCAUAUCGAUUCAUGGUUCCGCAUAUAUGGUAAGAAUUUCGUGUAUUGGCAUGGUCCAGAAGCUAUGUUGGUUGUUACUGAACCUGUGAUCCUCAAGGAAAUAAUGAGUAAUCGAGAGAUUUCGAUGGGGAAACAAGAUAUGGGGCCGAUUAUGAAGAAGAUCGUUGGAGAAGGUCUGAUUUCGUCUGAAGGUGAUAAAUGGGCGAAACAACGAAAGAUCGCGAAUCAUGCUUUCCAUGCCGAAAGAUUGAAAAACAUGGUUCCGGCGAUGGUUCAAAGUGUCGACAUGAUGCUAACACGGUGGAAAGAAGCCGGAAACGAAGAGAUGGACGUCUACGAAGAGUUCAGAAUUUUGACAUCAGAAGUCAUUUCUCGAACCGCCUUCGGCAGUAGCUACGAAGAGGGGAAACAAGUUUUCCAAAAGCUUGGGGAGUUGACCAUGAUAGCUUCCAAGAACUCGUACAGAAUCAGGCUUCCUGGAUUCGGGAAGAUCUUUAAAGAUAAAGACGAUGUAGAAUCUGAUAAGCUGCAAGCGGGCAUUCGCGAUCUCAUUAUGCAGAUGAUAUCAAGCCGAGAGAAGACGAUGGAUGAAGACGACUCCAGAAAUGAUUAUCUUGGACUACUUCUGAAAUCUCAUCAUGACAUCCAUGAAAAUUUCAAGCUUUCCACACAGGAUAUUAUCGACGACUGCAAAACGUUUUACGCUGCUGGGCAUGGAACGGUCUCGCUUUUGCUCUCGUGGGCGACUCUUCUUCUCGCCAUCCAUACCGAAUGGCAAGAGAAGGCACGAGAAGAGGUGCGGCAAGUAUUCGGUAACGAAAACCCAACUUCAGAAGGCAUUGCAAGACUCAAGACAAUGGGGAUGAUCAUCAAUGAGACAUUAAGACUAUACCCACCUGGAAUUGCUAUAACCAGAAGAGUUGGGAGGGAAAUGAAAGUUGGAAAUCUGAAUCUUCCUGCAAAUAUAAAUCUGCAAAUACCAGCAUUGGCUCUUCAUCAUGAUCCCAAAAUAUGGGGACAAGAGGCUCAUCUCUUCAAACCCGAUAGAUUUUCCGAUGGGAUUGUGAAAGCGACUAACGACAAUCCAGAAGCAUUUCUACCUUUCGGUUAUGGACCUCGAAACUGCGUGGGCUCUAGUUUUGGAAUAAACGAAGCUAAAACCGCCCUCUCGAAGAUCUUGCAACGUUACAGAUUCUGCCGAUCCCCAAACUACGUUCAUGCACCACUUCAUCGUAUCACACUUCGUCCGAACUCCGGUGUUCAGAUCAUUUUUCGGGCUCUUUAA